UGCGUGUAUAUUUUCUAAAGGACACGGGUUGCUGCGCGCGUGAAACCGAGUGAAACACCCAUAAAACCCAGCAGAAGUUUGUGAAGUAAAGUUGUGUGUUUCUUUAACGGAACUGAAUGUGCGCGCAGCAGAGCGGAUGCAGAAAGCAGCGCACUGACAGUUUGCGGUGAGCUGUCUGUCUGUCUGUGCGUCAGUGAGCCUGCGCGGCUCGAUGUACGACAGCAGCGGCAGCAGCAGGAGGAGGAAGACGGACAGACACACUCCGUGGCUACAGGUCGGUCUGAAUGGCACCGAGGUCCCGCUGCUGAGCGCCGGCGGCACAUCAGCCAAGUGGAGAGUCGGGGGGUGGGUGGGGGGUCUCUACGUGAAACUGCGUGAAGUCAGGAUGGACGGGAAAGGCACUUUGAAGAUGUUCACGCGAAAGAAACGGGAACUGAUCAAGACGCCAUCCAUCUCGAAGAAGAGCCGAGCAGGAAGCCCCGGGCCGCAGAGCAGCGCACAGUCUAGUGAGGACACAGCCAUAGGGGGAAGGAGCAUGCUGAAGCGAGGUGGCAAGAGUAGCUACAACCCUUACUCUACCAGUCAGAGAGUUAAGAAAGCUGGGCUCAAAGGCAACGACAGUCUGGACAUACUGCCCAACAAGCACAGCGUAUGGCUCAAGCAGCUGUCCAUCCUCCAAGAGCGGAAAGAUGCAGGUGACAUCAGCCUCUCCUCUUCCCCUUUGUCUACGUCCUCCUGUUCAACACUCACUCCGUCCUCUGCUGGGCUCCAGGACACCUCCAUGUCCUCACCCGGUACCCAGAGCGUACAGCACCUUAAGCUGCCAUCGAUGCAAGGGAUGAGCUGCCCGUCUCCUGUUUCCACCCUGAAGAGACCCACUGCAUUGAGCAGACACGCGAGCGCUGCAGGAUUCCCACUUCAGUCAUGGGUGUUCUCAAAGGGCCAAGGGAAAGGGGCUUUGACCCCAACUACUCCAUCUGAGAGUCCAGAGAGCACAGCCAUUGAAGUGGAAGACAUCCCGGCCCUGCUGAGGGACGUGGCGCGUUUUGCUGAAGCUGUGGAGAAACUGAAGGAUGUGGUUCUCACUGAAGGUAAGGAGAGUCAGCGACCCGUGGCCCAUGAGUGCUUGGGUGAGGUCCUACGUGUGCUGCGUCAGGUCAUCAACACCUACCCUCUGCUAAACACUGUGGAGAUCCUCACUGCGGCUGGGAAGCUCAUAUCUAAAGUCAAAGGUUUCCACUAUGAGGCUUGUAAUGAGGCAGACAAGAAGGAGUUUGAAAAGGCAAUUGAAACAAUUGCCGUUGCUUUUAGCAGCAAUGUCUCAGAACUGCUGAUGGGAGAAGUGGACAGCAGUACAUUGCUCUCUCUGCUGCCCACAGAGAAAAGCAGGUCGAUGGAGAACUUGUACACUGCGACAGAUGGUGGUCAGUUCAGGAGCGACCUGCAAGACAUGGGCCGAGGAGAGGAAGUGGAUGUGAUCCUCCAGCACAGUGAGGGAGGAGUGGACUCUGCUCUGCUUUAUGCCAAAACCAUCUCCAAGUACAUGAAGGACCUGAUCAGCUACGUGGAAAAGAGAAUUUCACUCGAGACUGAAUUCUCCAAGGGCCUCCAGAGAUUAUACCAGUCCUGCAAACACAGCAUAACGCAUCCCCACAUGCCUUUGUUCUCCAUCUAUUCUCUGGCUCUGGAGCAGGACCAGGAGCAGAGUGUGGGGCUGCAGCAGGCCAGCACCACCCUGCACAGCCAGACCUUCAUCCAGCCUCUGAUGCAACGAAAACAGGACCACGAAAAGAGACGGAAGGAGAUCAAAGAGCACUGGAUUCGGGCAAAGAGAAAACUGAUGGAGUGUGAGGCGAACCUGCGUAAGGCCAAGCAUGCUUACAUGGCUCGCUGCGAGGACUACGACAAGGCCAAAAUGGCGGCCUUUCGAGCUGAGGAGGAGGGAGGAGGAUCUACAGCUAAAUCUGUGGAGAAGAAGAAACGAUUAGAGGAAGAAGCUCGUAAUAAGGCAGAUGAAGCUGAGGCAACCUACCGAACAUGUAUCGCAGAUGCCACCACGCAGCAGCUGGAGCUGGAGCACACAAAGGUCACCGUGCUACGACAGCUGCAGGACGUCAUCAAACAGAGCGACCAGACUCUUCGCUCGGCGACCAUCUCUUACUACCAGCUCAUGCACAUGCAGACGGUAGCUUUGCCCGUCCACUACCAGACUCUGUGUGAGAGCAGUAAGCUGUACGACCCAGGACAACAGUACGCCGCCCACGUCAGAGACCUGCAGUUACCAGAGCAGCCGACUGUUCACUACACAUUUGAGGCCUACUCCGCCUCGAGCUCAUCACACCAUGGCCACAGACCAAGGAACGACAGUUUCAACACAGAGCAGAGCCACACGGACAGUCCUGCCACUGGCUCGGAUACAACAGUUCCUGACAGAGAGGCAGAGGCUCAACGCAAGAGGCAAGGCCACAAGUCUUGGGGUUCAACAGUGAGCGAUGACAGCGUUGGAGGAGAUGGAGGCCUCGAGUCUCCUACCAUCAGCACAAGUGACAUCAGUAAAAUUGCUCGAACAUCGUCCACUGGAACAAUGUCGUCCAAUGAAGACGCAGAUGAGAAAGACGGGAAUGUGACUUCAUUUGAAACUCCAAAUAUCAACGGCAUGGAUCCUGACGUGGUUGUGUCCACCAGACCUUUCCGUAACAUCGGACUGUCCAAAGCAGCUCAGACUCACCGACUGAGGAAGCUGCGGACUCCUGCAAAGUGCCGCGAGUGUGACAGCUACGUUUACUUCCAGGGGGCAGAGUGUGAGGAGUGUUUCCUGGCGUGUCACAAACGCUGUCUAGAGACUCUUGCCAUCCAGUGUGGCCACAAAAAGCUGCAGGGUCGUCUGCAGCUGUUUGGCAGAGAGUUCUCUCAGGUCGCCAGCUGCGCCAGUGAUGGAAUCCCCUUCAUCAUCACCAAGUGCAUUUCUGAGAUUGAGAGACGGGCACUCAAGAUGAAGGGAAUCUACAGGGUGAAUGGGGUGAAGACUCGUGUGGAGAAACUGUGUCAGGCCUUUGAGAACGGAAAAGAGCUGGUGGAGCUGUCCCAGUGUUCACCACACGACAUCAGCAACGUUCUCAAGCUUUACCUCAGACAGCUGCCGGAGCCCAUCAUGCUGUUCCGCCUGUACAACAGUCUGAUGGGUUUGGCCAAAGAGAGUCUGCACAGUGACGAAGAAACACCAGAGGGGGAGGAGGCAGAGUCGAGCAGUGUGAACCCAGCAGCGGGCAGAGGGUCUGAGCUGGUAGAUCUGGGUCCAGACACCGAUCCAGAGGUUCUGGUGCUGGUGGAGAAACUGAAGGAGCUUCUCAAGGAGCUGCCCAAGACCAACUUCUCUUCACUGAGAUACAUCAUUCGACACCUGCGAAGAAUCGCAGAGCUGGAGGAAGAUAACAAGAUGAGUCCCAGUAACUUGGGGAUUGUGUUUGGACCCUCGCUGAUGCGUCCACGUCCAACUGGGGCAACGAUAUCUCUGUCAUCUCUGGUUGAUUACCCGCACCAGGCCCGCGUCGUGGAAGCCCUCAUCGUCUUCUAUUCAUCCAUCUUCCAGUCCAAAACCUCUCAGACACAUAAAAUCUGUCGCUCUGCUUCGUCCUCUGCUCAGCAGGGUCCUAAUGCAGAGGACAAGACGACGAGUCCUGCUGAUGGAGAGGAAGAUGGAGGGGAGCAGCAGAGCAAACUGGACUCUGACAAAAUGGAGGAGGGAUGUGAAAGUUCUUUGGGCUCUAGUGAGCAGCUCUCUGACUCUGAGUUGGAUGACAGCGGUCAGAGAAGUACACACUCUGGUGGCCUGGUGAAGCAGGAGAGUGUGGUGAGUGUGGAUGAUGACCAGCUGAGCUACAGGGACAGUCUGGACCUGUCCAACCAGUCUGCGCCUCACACUGACCCAGACCAAGAUGUGGAUCAGGACCAAGAUGACCCAGAGGGUAAAGAGCCGCCUGCUGUGCCAGACAGUGGACCCCCAGAUGAUGACACAGGGCCAGAGCAGAAUCUGAGCGCCUCCCUGGCCGAGCUCAACGUGAACCAGUCCAACAACAACUACCCGUAUUCCCCCGUUUUGAGCCUGUCUGGGCUUCCACUGGCACGUCUGUGUGGAAAGAAAUUGCCUCUGACCAGGAACAGGGGCAGCGAGCCAGAGUUUGUCUGAUCAUAUCAGAACAUCACUGUGUCAAAUCUGUGAGAUUCAUUUGAUUGACAGGAAUCUAGUUUUAUUUGUUAAAAAAGGAAACGUGAAACCUAGAGGGUUAUUUUAUACAAUUAUUUUUAAAAAACCUGUGUGGAUGUUUGCAGCUGUGCAGUCUGAUCCUGCCACUGAAACCUCUGUUCGCUUCUUGCUGCUCAAUGCAUUUCUUCCUGUUAUUUACAACAGAUUUGACUCAUUAUAUAAAAGUGUUGUCUAUUUUUACUUGUUUGUCUUACAAUCCAGGGGAAGAGGUGUGUAGCAGUCCAGUCUGGAUGUGUGCAAUGCAAUAUUAAGUAAAUUCUCUUUCAAGUGCUACGGGUUUAAUAUCGGCACACAAGUUUUGCCGUUUCUUAUAAAUGUUGCUGUAUUGCCUUUUAGGUCUAUUUUAAAUAAAAGUCUUAUUUUAAAUGUA